AUGCAGCUGCUUAGCACUUUCUUCAGAGGCAUCGCGCUGGCAUAUCAGAUGGCUCUAGACACUGCUAGUGAAGGAAACUUCAACACUAGGAAUCCAGAAGAGGCUGUGAGACUUAUUGAGAACUUGACAUCUAGCAAUAGCACCAAAAACACUUAUUUUGAGAGGAGAAAAUCGGCCACCCUAGGAAAGGAGGAGAUGGACGAUAGGAAGUGGAUAAUGGCAGGUAACCGUGGAGGAAAAAAAAAGACUACAAAGAAAAGUGGAAAAUCCACAACAUCUCAUGUUGCUGAAGAGCAUGUGGAAGAGCUAUCAGACGGAAACAAUAGUGAUGAUAUGUGUGACCCCCCUUCUGAGGGAAUGAAGGGCCUAAAAAGAAAGCGUCCAUCUACUGGAGGUGGAGUCUCCAGUAGAACUAGAGCUAGAAAAGCGGUAUCAAAUGGGAAUGAGCCGGUUAGAGAAGAGAGUAAUCCAGUGAGAGGAACGACUGUGGUUUCGCUCUCACUUGAUACCGAAAGUGAAGGCAUGUCUCCAAUUUCCUCCAAAGAAAGACAACCACCACAGCCCCUUGAAAUGUACUUCAAGAACACACAGUACCUGAAGACUUGCAAGAUUCAGACCAAGUGCCGCGUGAAGAACACAGUUGAUGUGAUUAAGGAACUUAAGGAGGAGACAAAACUGGAGGCUAUGAACUUGAGGAUGGGUAAACUUGAGAAGUACCAGCGAGUUUUGAAGAAAAAGGCUAAGAAAAUAGAAGACAAGUUGACUCCUAUUGAAAGCAAGGGAUAUGAGGAUGAGGAAUAUACACAGUGGAAUGAUUUUGAUUAUGGUAGAGAUCAUGGGAAGGAUAGAGACAUGGCUGAGGCAGAGAAGGCUGAGACAGGGAAGAAAAUCAGUGAGGAGUGUGACGAAGAUGAGGAAAACAGUGGGAAAGAUGAGGAAGACGAGGAAAACAGUGAGAAGGGUGACGAAGAGAAAGACCAAGAACCUGAAAAAGACAAAGAAAACAGUGACUCUGUUGAGAAAGGCGAAGAAUACGUGGAGAAAUCAGAUGAAGAAAAUUCUCUGGAGUGUGAGGAAGAUGAGGAAAACAGUGGGAAAGAUGAGGAAGACGAGGAAAACAGUGAGAAGGGUGACGAAGAGAAAGACCAAGAACCUGAAAAAGACAAAGAAAACAGUGACUCUGUUGAGAAAGGCGAAGAAUACGUGGAAGAAUCAGAUGAAGAAAAUUCUCUGACAAUUGAUGAUGAGUCUGAGGCUGAGGAAGAGGUUGAGAAAGAGGGUGAAGAAGAGACUGAGAAAGAGGUUCAAGAAGAGAAAGAGAGUGAGGAAGAGGGUGAGAAAGAGGUUCAAAAAGAGAAAGAGGGUGAGAAAGAGGCUGAGAAUGAGGUUCAAGAAGAGAAAGAGGGUGAGAAAGAAGGUGAGAAAGAGGCUGAGAAAGAGGUUCAAGAAGAGAAAGAGAGUGAGGAAGAGGGUGAGAAAGAGGUUCAAAAAGAGAAAGAGGGUGAGAAAGAGGCUGAGAAUGAGGUUCAAGAAGAGAAAGAGGGUGAGAAAGAAGGUGAGAAAGAGGCUGAGAAAGAGGUUCAAGAAGAGAAAGAGGCUGAGAAAGAAGAAUCCAAGGGAACUCCUACCUCUACCGGAGUAAUAGUCAUUACACCACGUGGUAGAACUAAGGCAGCAGCUGCGAGGAAAGCAAUCUCUAUAUCACCAGAGAUUGUUGUGGUAACAGGGAAAAAAACAGUGAACAAGAAGCCAUGGUAA